CUCCGCCUCCUCCUCCUCCUUCCCCGGCCGUAGCAUGGAUGCGCAGGGCGGCCGCCCGCCCGCCCGCCCGCCAUGGAAACAAGUUCGUACAAGACACCAAAGAGGCCAAUGAAAACAAGGUUACGGUCUUCUGCCUUCAGUUCCCCUUAUAACGAUACUGAUGCUCAACAGGAAAUAUUUUGGGAUCCAAGUUCUCCAACUACGUAUAAAUUAGAUAAAAGAAGAAAGAAACAAGCUGACAGGAAAUGUACCGUUGAAAUUUCAGAAAUUGUUAAUCGAAUUGCUCCUCAGGAUGAGAGACCAGUCAAAGACACCCUUCUAGACAUUUGGAUGGGUGAGGAUGCUAUUCCGUCCACUCCUAGUGUAGCGAAAGGAAGGUCCCGCACGAAAAUCAGCUGUACGAGGCUUAAAGCACAAAAUGGUGAAGAGGAACUUAUGAAGUUGGCCAAGCAAUUUGAUAAAAACAUGGUUGCACAAGAAGCAAUCCAGGAACGAGACAAUGAAAGCCAUGAUUUUAUCCAGACAGGUUUAGAGACAGAGACUUUAAAUAACCAUACAGAUGAUGCACAGACACAGGAUCUGCAGUCAUUCCCUGAUGAAGUUCCUGAAACAAGUAUCACUUUAUCCUUAAAGGCAAGGAAAGAGACCUCCGACAACGCUGCGGCAGAACGUUAUCCGAAUAACAUUCGGAAGGCAUACGAUCCAAACACCGAAGCAGCCCUUACUGCCCUUUUCGAUAGCUCUACCCAGAAAUGUAGUGGAUUGUUAAGCCAAGAUCUGCCAGAUGUUUCCUCAAGUGCCAGUGUUAGCCAGAGAACUAAAAGCACUCUAGUAGAGGAGAAACAAAUGAACCCUGAGGAACCCACUGCUGUAGAUUUACCUCAGAAGGAAAGCACGACCACAACGGUUACUUCAAAAAUGGACACUGUAGCAAAGGCAACACCAAAAGCAUCGUCUACAUCCAAACCAUCAACUUCCAAUAAACCUACUCAAGCUCAUCCUAACAGUGACUUUGACGACGACUGGGAAGACUGUUUCCUUCAACACAGCUCUCUGGAGAUGCAAAUGGCUGAAAAUCCCGAACUGACGACCCCUCCUACACGUUCCCUCACAGCUCAUCCGGAGGCCAACAGUGCACCUACCUCCAUCGAGGGUAAUGAAACUGAAGCAAGGAUAAGUAGAACUACAGUAGUUGGGGUAACGGAUAUCCAGGAUGUCACUUCAGAGACAAACGGCAGAGCUGCCAGUGGGACCGCAGAAUCUCUCUUUCCAAAGAAGCCACCUGAUGAAGAUCAAGUUGUGGUUCCCCAUGGCGGUAAUAUUAAAACCGAUGAGAAAACCGUCCACGUCAGAAGCAUCCCAAACACAGUUAGCGGUUCUACUUCGCCUAGUCCACUGGGUUCAAAAGUGAAUCCUAAGGAAGAUAGUAAACCUGAAGUUGGUCAGAGUAGGAAUGCUUCUAGAAGAGAAUCUACUUCAGCUUCUGGACAACGUCAACUUCAAGAUAGGAGAGAGAGAAAAAGCACAUCUACUGUUUUCCAGAAUUCUUCAUCCAAUGCAUCGGCUAAUAUAAAUUCGUACUGCUCAAGUAGAGCUCCUAAAGACACCCGGUGUCCCUUCAAUCAGAGUGAGACAAAACAGCAGUCUCCCGUGGGGUUGGUAAGCUCCGGUGAAGUUACAGAGAGACGUCAUAAACCAGAGAGCUGGGAAUUAAAUGACGUGGAUGAUGAUGUGCUGUACCAAGUGUGUGACAAUGUUGAAAAACUGACGAAGCAACAGAACUGUCAACAGGAAAGUAAAGACAGUGAGAGCGUGCAGAAAGCCAGCGAUAUUUCCAACACGGGUUCCGAUAAGAGUCUGACUUCAUCGAAACCAGGACGACGGCCUAACCACCAGUUGAUAGACAAACUUAACGUGCACCAGAAUGUCUCUUCUCUGCUAAACAGCUGCCAGUCAGAGAGCUUAAGUACAAGUGGCGAUAAAGUGAACUGUGGAAAAUUGGUUACUACGAAAGGCGUUUCCACAAAUACGUGCACCCAGCUGAAGAAUCCACGUGGUCAGACCCAUAGUCAGCAUGUUUCUGGGAACGUGCCAGUGAAAGUGAACGCAUCCUGUUCAGUUCCUAUCCAUCAGUUGACCCCAAAUGUUCACUUGAACCAAAACGGUAUUUCUUCUUCAAGAACUAUCUCCUGGUCAGAAAGGUUACGCCCAAAUGGGAACGGAGCACACUGUGGAAACUCAGUAAAUACUCCGUGGAUUCCCAAAGCCACACGUGCCCAAUGCAAGAAUCUACAGUAUCAGCACUUCAGCGAGCAGAUUUCUGACAAUGUUCCAGUGCGAGUGAACACAUCCUGUUCCACUACUACCAAUCGUCCUUUUUCACAUCUACAAGAAAGUGGUAAUGAUCCUAAACGAAGGACCAGCAGUGUGCCAGGUUAUGAUGGACAGUUACUAAAUCAGAACCUUUCACAUAAGAGAACAACCCCACCUACAACCUAUGGUAAUAAGACAUCAGUUGUACCCCCAAAGUACACUUUCACAAAGAUUGAAAAUACUCCGUUUCAAGUUCAUUCCAGUAGUGGUAUCAAAAUGGUACCGCAGACUUUAAAGGAAAGUGCAGAUCAAUCCACCGAAUCUUUACCUGGGAAGCACUCAGUUCCUCAGAGUCACUGUUUGAAAAGACAACUUUCCGAAUCCUCCACGAGGGCUUCCUCAGGGACCGAAGAGGAAAGUAAAAAAUACUCUGAAGAGCAAAUUCAAAGAAAACGGCAAGAAGCGCUAGCACGAAGAAAAUCCAAAUUACAGAGCUCCCUGGGAAAUUCUCCUACUUAAUUUCUCGGACUCCCGAGUUAGUGGUUAAAUCAUAGAUUGAAAGUCUUCACAUCUAUCUGUGAUAGGAAAUGUUGGUGGUUUCUUUUGUUUCUCUGUGAGAAAUGUAAUGCUGAAUUAUAAGCAUGGACUUCGAUUUUAUGAUGUAAUUAAAUCAGUGUUUACAAUUGUAAACAGCCUUCUCUUCCAAAAUGUCUGUCCAUAUAACAGAAUUUGUUAAGUUUGGAUGGGGACCGAUGUCGGAAUUCACUGUUAGUGGUCGAUUAUUUUUGUUCUUGACUGAUUUGGCUCUAACUACGGUCCCAAUUCCUUCCCCCAGUGGCUUCUUUCUCAACUCCUAAAAGAUCACGUUCACGUGGCCCAAAGCAGUCUUUUUCCAAUGCCCGCAGUUGGUUCUUGUUGAGCUUAAUUGCAAGGCUAUGGGUGAAGAGGUGUGGAAUCUGGGGACGUAUUCAAGACCGGAGGAUGGACACGAGCCAAAUUCAGUGCCAUGCUUACUGUAAAUACGCAGGCGAUGGGCCCAGACUUUACUAUGUGCUGAACACGUGUGAGCUUUCUUCAAUCACUUACUCACCUAAAUGUUCCCGAUGACAAUGUGGUUGAUAAGAGAAUGCGUGGUUGAUAAGAGAAUGCAUGUCAUGGUGGAGAGCAGAAAAAGGGUGAGCAAAUUAAGUAUAUAAUAGGAGAUCGAAAACGAAGACUGCUAAUAAAUGAUUGCUAAUGUCUGGAAACU